AUGUCUCGACCACGGCACGCGCAGACGAAGCCCCAAAGGGAUCCGCCGCCGUCUCUGUUCCUACAACCCUCCCCGGCUGCUUCUCAUGUCUCCUUGCCGAGCACUGUUGCUGGCCCGGGGCGUACCACCACUGGACUCCCACCUACCUCACAGGCUCACCCGCGCAGCUCAUCCACGCUCUCUCACGACCCCUUGGCUGCAGCUCUCUCGACCCUGUCAAAGCCAAUGGACACCCGCCCCGGCAGAAAUGCGGGUCCCGCGGCUCCCAGCACCCGCCGGCCGGCCGGGGGCUCCGGCUCAGGCGCACUCGGGGCCGGCGGGUUAAACUUGCCACCCAUACAAACCACUCGAAGGGAGUCCACCCGGGCCACCGAUAGGACGGACGCACUAUGGGCAGAGAUGCAAGCCACCUUGGAGGAGGUAGAGCUCUCCGCCAGCGGUGGGACUCGGGUGUUUGGCCCAGAGCACGACCGGAAGCUUGGGGAGCUGCGGGCCGCACAGAUCGCGCUCGCUCAGGCCUGGGCACGCAGUGAAGCAGACGAGGCUAUCGAGACGUCGAUAGGGCCUGGGACAGCAUCAGAGAGGGGCGGUGCAGGCGCAGAGUCCAAGACGGAUGGGACCACUGCCGGUGGUGCGGGUGCCGGAAUAGACGGCGCUGCACGAAGUGCUGGGACGGCGAGUGUGAGACCUGGGAGCGCGGGCAUCGGGGCAGAGCGGCUGGGGCAGAAGCUUGAAGAGGAGACAGAGAUCGACAUCAAGUUCGCACGGAAACGGCGAGAGGCCAAUGAUCGCUACUUUCAACGGGUCAACCAGGGAGUGCUGGAUGUCGUUGCGAAACUCGAAGAUGUGGCCACGGCAAUGCGCGCCGUAGAGCAGGAGAGCAAGGAUGUCUGGGGGGAGAUGGAGAGCGUGCCGUCGAGCGCCGUGCCUUGA